AGUUUCUAUCUUCCUGUGUUACCGCCCUUGGUGGUUGAAACAGUGGAAGGACUGACCCUGGUGUGAGUAAGGAAAUAAUAGUUAUAAAGCGGCUGUUAGCACCAACGGAAGAGAAAUAACAUUCGAAGAGACCUUUUAUUAAUGUGCCUGCGGUUGCUCGGAAACAGUGCUUAGGUGUACAUCGGCCUGGCUGGACACACCGACCCUGAAGACGCCACAGAACCUUGUUUAGUCGACAGACGCAGUGGCCAUGGCGUUGCCAUUUAAGAAGGACUUGGAAAAGUACAAGGAGAUCGACGAGGACGAAAUCCUCAACAAGCUCUCCGAGGAAGAGCUCAAGCAACUGGAAAGCGCCCUCGAGGAGCUGGACCCUGAGAAUGCGCUGUUGCCAGCAGGAUUGCGACAGAAGGAUCAGACCACUAAACAAGACACAGGGCCCUUCAACCGAGAACGCCUCCUUGCCUACCUAGAGAAGGAAGCACUGGAGUAUAAGGAUAGAGAGGAUGUAGUGCCUUUCACAGGAGAAAGGAAAGGUAAAGCAUGGGUACCUAAACAAAAGCCAAUUGAAACACGCAAAGAGGAGGUAACGACCCUUGACCCGGAACUUGAAGAAGCCCUAUCUAGUGCCACUGAUACCGAACUGUGUGACCUAGCAGCUAUUCUUGGAGUGCAUACACUGGUGACGAGCACUCAAAGCUAUGAUGGAAGUAGCAGUACAGAAGGCUACAACAACGUCAUUAAAGGGGAAAAAGUCAAACCUGUCUUUGACGAGCCACCUAAUCCUACCAACGUUGAAGAGACCUUGCAGAGGAUAAAAUCCAAUGAUCCAACUCUGACAGAGGUCAAUCUGAACAACAUCAAGAAUAUUCCCAUCCCAACGCUGAAGGAUUUCGCAAAGGCCAUGGAGAAGAACACAUGUGUGAAGAAGUUCAGCCUGGCAGCGACGAGAAGCAACGACCCGAUAGCUGUUGCAUUUGCAGAUAUGUUAAGAGAAAACAAGAUGCUGAAAGCUCUGAACCUGGAAUCCAAUUUCAUCACUGGGACUGGAAUUCAGGCUCUAGUAGGUGCCUUAAGGGACAAUGACACAUUGACAGAAAUAAAGAUUGAUAAUCAGAGGCAGCAGCUGGGUGCCACAGUGGAAAUGGAAAUAGCCAAGAUGCUGGAAGACAACACGAGUAUCCUGAAGUUUGGAUACCACUUCACACAGCAGGGGCCUAGGGCCAGAGCUGCAGCAGCAAUCACAAAGAACAAUGACCUAGUUCGCAGAAGGCGAGUGGAGGGAGAUGUCUAAACGUGGAUUGUUCGCCUGCCAAAUGCCACAUUGCAUCUUGUGGAAUUAUUACAGCUCUACUGCAAAGUCUUGUGCCAAACGUUCGGGGCAAGGCAUCCUCAGAGAACACCUGUCUGGGUUGAAGGGAAAUGACUGGAAUAGCCCUCUCCUAUAAUACAGCAGUUAUUUUUAGUCUAGUAAAUUGUUUAAGUAUUUUUUUUCUUUCAUAACACAUCUCGAAUAGCACCCACCUUUUUAAACUGUGCUUAUAAAAUAAAAUGCUAGGAAUUAUAAUGAGUAGUGAUUUGGAAUUUUGCACAACUUUUUUUCUAGGUAUUGAAAACAUUGUAGAAAUAUUCUAAAAUCCUUGCUUGAGGAGAAGCACCAGGUGACGGUUUAGACUGGUCAGACUCCUUGGGGUGUUCUUAACCAUUACCUUGUUAUUGUUAAAACUUAUUUUGUAUGUUACAUUGCAUAGGGAUUUUUUUCUGUAUUUGUUUUUAUAUAAUGUAAUUAAGGUGCAUCAUUCCAUAUUUUAAGUGGACACUCCCUUUUUUUAAGUGUAUGAUACUUAAAGGUUCUACCUGUAUUCAUGUGCAAGGCUUUUGGUAUGCAGCUAGACUUUUAAAGACCUUAAGGUAGUGUUGUAUUGAUUUGCUUAUUAUGACUUUGAAAUUUGUCAUUAUCAGCAGUAAGAAUGGGCACAGACUGGAGGCUGUUUACUGUUUGGAGUCACAGGAAAAGGAGGGUUUGCAUGGAGCCACGCUGUAUGUUUAACACCCCCCCCCCACACACACACACAAACACUUCAUCAGGGCAGUUGACAGUCCAUGACUUCUUUCAACUCUCUGAAGCAUGGAGCUGAUGAUAAAAAGGGAGCUGAAUAGGACCUUGCAAGCAUAACACUUUGUAAACUCGUGUGUCAGCAGCACAGGGAUGAAGCAUACUGAUCAUCUGUUAGCUUAAGCAUGGUAUAUGUAUGUGGUUUCAUUCUCUUACUCCAGUUUCAAGUUUAUUGGUAGUGGUAGGUAAUACAUCACAUGUAAUAUCCUCCUGAGCACCAUUGCAUAGAGUGAAAGCAUUGGGUUUCUUUACCAAAAAUGUUUUAGAUACACCAUCUAUGUGGUAAAUGUUUUUAUUUUACUCUGAGUUUUUUCUUCUUCUGUGAGAAAAGGGAACUUGCAAAACAGCAUACUGAUGGACUUCAAAACCCCCUCUGUUUCAACACCCUUUUAGUAUGAAACUUGAUUCUUAAUCUUUUACCGUACGUUUUCUAAUAAACUCUUAAAAGUCAUACUUUUUCAGAUAAUAUGCCAAAGACAGCUAUUGAUGAUAUUCAAUUUGCAUUGCUUUAUUUGAUGCAUUUCAGAUUGCUGAGUUAUAGAUUAAAAACAAAAAAGGAAUUUUUUUUUAACCUCAAUCCAUUUUAUUAAAAGCCAUUUGAAGAUACAUGGGGAUAUGUCCAAGUCCAAUAGUAAAUGUGUAUCAAUAUAAUUUUCCACUCUGAGUAACCCAUUAUAUAGAAUUCCAACAGUGAAAUAUUGUAGAGUUCAUAAGAAUAGCAGCAUGCUGUUAGCUAUAAAUUGACUGGAUUUAUGCAGGGGAAUAUUUGCAUGCUUUAAAUGUGAAGGCUUGGCCAAUUCUCCGUUGGUACUUUUCCAUGUGAUGUUUGUAUAAUAUGUGUGGAAAGAUAGCUCUGAUAUGUAAUGAUCUGCAUUUGUGACACUCAUUUAAACCACCUCCAGUUCUUUAAAAAUUGAAUUCUGGUUUAUAAUUGCACAGUGGCCUUGAAAAGAAUAAACUUAUUUUCUGAAGCAUUUAGCCAAGUAAUACAAGAACUUAUACAGAAUAUGUGCAGUAAUAGUAGGAUAAAAAUGUUAUUGAAAGCAUUAUUUUAACGAAAAGAAGGAAAUUAUUAAAUCUGUGCAAAACUCUCCUGCUCUGUGAAUAUUCUGUGACCUUUUGGUGUGUACUGUAGAUGUUCCUUUUAAACUUAAGUACCUUCCCACAGCAAUGUUAUUCUCAUGUAAAAUACUAGAUGUGUGUCUUAAGUUACAAACUGCUGAAAUAACAAAUAAUGUACUUAAAUACUGCAGGUUUGAACUCAAGAAGAGGAAAUAUUAUGUACUGUUAUUUACUGCAUAGCUCAGUGGCACUAUACUGUGUAAAACAUGCGCAACAAUAAAUGUUUUUACAUAUCG